AUGUCGACGAGGAAGUCGAACAAGCCUAAACAAGCACCCAAAAGUGGCAAUUCAUCACCAUCUUCAUCUGUCCCACAAUCUCCAUCAAACAAGAAGCAGAGACUGAUUGAUACGGUCAACCUUGGCCUCGAGGUAGUUGCGACUAUAUCCGAGGGGUCAGAUGUACUCGCUCCUCUCAAAGCAGCCAGUAAAACAACCAAAUUGAUCCUCGAAACCAUACAGGCAAUAGAGAACAACCAAGAAGAAUGGACCGACCUGAGGAAACGUCUGAGGGGAUAUUUGUCCACACUUGAGAAACAGAUCACUCUCUUCGAGUCCUAUCCUCGGGAAGACCGAGCUGUCGACAAGGCGUUCAGUCAGCCGCUUAUCGAUCAUGUCGAAUUUAUGGAAGAAAUGCAUGAUAAGAUCGUUCAUCUAAAAGAGAAACACAACGGCAGUAAACUCGGCUUCUUCAAAGCGCUUAGCAAAGUCAAGGUUGAUGCGGGAGAGAUACAUAAACUCAAUCGAGACAUCGAGGAUCAGCAUAGACAGUUCAUGGAGGCAUUGGGUGUUUUUACCGCAUUGCGGGUCCAAGCCCUCGAAAAUAAGAUCAACGCGUCAACGAUACUUCAACUACCAGCGGUGGCAUUCGUCGCAUCAUCAGUCCACAGCACCUGUCUGGAAGGAACGCGCAAGGAUGUCCUUCAGAUGAUAUGGGACUGGGCUGAAAACGACUCGUCGGAGAAGCCGAUAUUCUGGCUCUGCGACAUUGCCGGCUCUGGAAAGUCUACAGUCGCUAUGUCAGUGGUAGAGAGUUGGCAAGAGAAAGGGAUACUGGGUGGCGCGUUCUUCUUCUCCAUGUCUAGCACCGAGUCAUCGACGACGGAAAAGUUCUGCUCCACCAUCGCACGAGAUCUCGUAGACUACAUACCCGAACUGGCACCGCAUGUCGCCGAGGCCGUCAAGCAGAACCCUUCUAUUCUGCGGAAACCUCUUGACAAGCAGCUCCAAAUACUCGUCGUCGGUCCUCUGGAUCGCUGGCAAGAGCGCGUGAUUCUCGUCAUUGACGCUCUUGACGAAUGCAAGUCGGGAUCACAAAGAAGAGAGCUUAUCGAAGCCCUUUCCACAGCGGUUCAAGGUAGCAAGAAUCUCAAGAUAUUCAUGACGAGCCGGCCGGACCCUGUGAUUCAGGCCGUCUUGGGGUCGCUCUCGAUCAAAGCCAAAUCGGAGGACCGUCUACACGACGUCAGCCAUCAUGACAACGUCGAUGAUAUUGCGGUCUACGUACAUCGAUCGCUAGAUGGAGUCUUGCCAGAGGACAAGAGGCAACGGCUGGUUGGAAAAGCGAACGGGCUGUUCAUUUGGGCGAGCACUGCGUGUCGGAUGCUCACAAACGAAGCCACAAUGAACUCACAUGAAAGCAUAUAUGAUCAGCUUAUAUCCUUGGACCAAUGUGGAGCGAUAGAUGAAGUAUAUGGGCUCAUCUUCGAGCGCACAGACCCAGACUCUCGCGGGGUAAUGUGCCAAAUGCUUGCUAUGCUACUUGCAGCAUUUGAACCACUUACCAUUGAAGACUUGGAUGACCGUCUCAAACAUGCUGGACUUGGAGCAAGCGGCCAGGCUUUGGUACAGAACCUGGGGAGCGUACUCAGCACAGAGUCCAGUACAAAUCUGAUCCAAUUCCGUCAUCCCACUCUCGUUGAGUACCUUCGACGCUGCUCCCUCACCGCAGCCGCUGGUGGUGGCAACAAACUUUACAUCGACCUCACCAAUGCGCACGGCCAGGCGGCAUCAUGGUGCCUCCAAUACCUCAAGUCCCCUACCAACGGUCUCAAAUUCAACAUCUGUCGACUUGAAUCAUCUUUCCACCUGAAUAGGCAAAUCCCGGACAUCGAUGCCAGAGUAUCCAAGUUCAUUUCAAAGAGACUUCGAUACGCUAGCUCCCAUUGGUUGUUCCACGCGUCGGAAGCGGACGAAAACUGGCGUCGCAGACUCAAGAAUGAAGCUUCUUCAAUGAUUCGAAUCCCAUACGUGCUAUACUGGACGGAGGUCCUGAGCUUGACCGGAGGAGUUCCCAGAGCCAUAGCUGGUCUUCGAGCUGUCACGCGCGACGUAGGAAUAGACGCAGAAAUUAGGAACAGUAUGAACGAGAUUCGAAGAUUUCUGAUGGCAUUCUCGGUCCCAAUCCAAGAAAGCACUCCACACAUCUACGUUUCUGCGCUUGCAUUUACUCCAAAAAAGUCACUAAUGCAUAUCGAGGGCAUAAAAAGGUAUCCAAACAUCCUCAGUGUGACACGAGGAGUCGAAGAUACAUAUCCCGGGCUUCCCAGAACUCUUCGAGGGCACCAGAAAGAGGUUUAUGCCGUUGCAUUUUCGCCCGAAGGUUCGCGAAUCGCAUCUGGUUCAGACGAUAACACGAUUCGACUAUGGGAUGCAGACACUGGUCAGCCAUUAGGAGAGCCACUCCAAGGUCACGAAGGCUCGGUUAUGGCCGUCUCAUUCUCGCCAGACGGUUCGCAAAUCGUCUCUGGCUCGAGGGACAAGACACUCCGACUGUGGGACGUAGCCACGGGUCAGCUGUUGGGAGAGUCACUCCAAGGUCAUAAAGGCGAAGUCAUGGCAGUCGCGUUCUCGCCAGAUGGUUUGCAAAUUGUCUCUGGCUCGAGGGACAAGACGCUGCGACUAUGGGAUGUAGUCACUGUUCAGCCAUUGGGAGAGCCACUCCAAGGUCACGGAGACUCAGUAUGUGCCGUCGCAUUCUCACCAGAUGGUUUGCAAAUCGCCUCUGGCUCGAGCGACAAGACGCUCCGACUGUGGGAUGUAGCCACUGGUGAACCGGUGGGAGAGCCACUCCAAGGUCAUGAAGACGAAGUUUGGGCCGUCGCAUUCUCACCAGACGGUUCGCAAAUCACCUCUGGCUCGAGCGACAACACGCUCCGACUGUGGAAUGUAGCGACUGGUCAGCCGUUGGGACUGCCACUCCAAGGCCAUGAUGACAUAGUAUGGAGCGUCGCAUUUUCGCCAGACGGUUCGCAAAUCGUCUCUGGCUCGAGCGACAACACGCUGCGACUGUGGGAUGUAGCCACUGGUGAGCGGUUGGGAGAGUCACUCCAAGGUCAUGAAAGCUCAGUCAUGGCCGUCGCAUUCUCCCCAGACGGUUUGCAAAUCGUUUCUGGCUCGAGCGAUAAGACGCUCCGACUGUGGGAUGUAGUCACCGGUCAGCCCUUGGGAGAGCCGCCCCAAGGUCACGAAGGCGAAAUAAUGGCCGUUGCAUUCUCGCCAGAUGGUUCUCAAAUUGUCUCUGGCUCGAGGGACAAGACACUCCGACUGUGGGAUGUAGCCACUGGUCAGCCGUUUAGAGAGCCGCUCCAAGGCAAUAAAGGCUCAGUAAUGGCCGCAACAUUCUCGCCAGAUGGCUCCCGAAUCGCCUCUGGCUUGAGGGAUAAGACGCUUCGAUUGUGGGAUGUAGCCACUGGUCAGCCGUUGGGAGAGUCACUCCAAGGUCAUGAAGACGAAGUCAGGGCCGUUGCAUUCUCACCAGAUGGUUUGCAAAUCGCCUCUGGCUCGAUGGACAAGACGCUCCGACUGUGGGAUGUAGCCACUGGUCAGCCAUUGGGAGAGCCACUCCAAGGUCAUGAGGGCAUAGUAUGGGACGUCUCAUUCUCACCAGACGGUUCCCAAAUCAUCUCUGGCUCGGAUGACAAGACGCUCCGACUGUGGGAUGUAGUCACUGGUCAGCCGUUGGGAGAGCCGCUCCAAGGUCACGAAGGCGAAAUAAUGGCCGUCGCAUUCUCGCCAGAUGGUUUGCAAAUUGUCUCUGGCUCGAGGGACAAGACGCUGCGAUUGUGGGAUGUAGUCACUGGUCAGCCGUUGGGAGAGCCACUCCAAGGUCAUGGAGACUCAGUCUGGGCCGUCGCAUUCUCACCAGAUGGUUUGCAAAUUGCCUCUGGCUCGAGCGAUAAGACGCUCCGACUGUGGAAUGUAGCCACUGGCCAGCCAUUGGGAGAGCCACUCCAAGGUCAUCAAGGCUCAGUCAUGGCCGUCGCAUUCUCGCCAGACGGCUCGAAAAUCGUUUCUGGCUCGAGCGACAACACGCUCCGACUGUGGGAUGUAGCCACCGGUGAGCCGUUGGGAGAACCAAUUCAAGGUCAUAAAUGUGACGCCUUGAGCGUCGCAUACUCCCCGCUUGUCUCCCAGAUUGCCUCUGGCUCGCAAGGCCACACAAUUAUACUAUCGCCUCUACCUACUGGUCCAAUCGAGAAUGUCUCGAAGCAAGAAGACGGGGAGCCUGUAAGCUCAAUCUCCAUCGACAAAUUUCCAGACCCUCCCCUACGAUUCUCUGUACCGGGCUUCACGUUUUUCACUUUCGCGCGAUGGUUGGGUGGAAUCUUCUGGUAG